AUGAUGCAAGAAAGAAAUCAGGCUCAGCAACCUUCUCCCUCUACUGCACCAUCUGUAGCACCUCCUGUUGUACCUCCACCUCAUUCGGUAACUGAAUCUAAGAAGCGUACUCUGAUAGAAAAUCUCAGAAAGUUUAGGGCUGAAGAAUUCUGGGGUAGGUCAGAUGAUGAUCCUGUGAAAGCUGAAUAUUGGCUACAAAAUACAGUAAGAGUUUUUGAAGAAAUGGCUUGUUCUCUGGAUGAUUAUUUGAAAUGUGUUUUUUCUUUAUUGAAAAAGGAGGCAUAUAAUUGGUGGAUGACUAUAGUAGCUGUGGCGCCGAAAGAUAAAAUCACUUGGGAAUUUUUCCAAAGUGAAUUUAAAAAGAAAUAUGUCAGCAAGAGGUAUCUGAAUAAAAAGAAGAGGGAAUUUCUUGACUUGCGACAAGGGUUAAAUGAUGAAAUCAGAAUGAUGAUUGGGGGCAUAGAGAUACGGGAAUUUAUUGUUCUGUCAGUUCGUGCUCAGAAAAUGGAAGAGGUGUACAAUAGAAAAAUGCAAUGGGAGAGAAGGAAUAAAGAAUUCUAUAAGAGAAGCUCCUCCAAAUCAUUUUCAGCAUAUCCAGCUAAAAAGUUUAGAGAUGAUUCCAGUCGACCUACCUCAAUGCUAGAACGAUCAAGUAAGAAUAAGGUGACUCAAUAG